UAUCAGUGAACCUUUUUAGUGUAUUUUUUUAAACUUUGGACUUAACUUAACUUAAACGAAAUGAAAGCUAUUGCGGGAUUUUGUGUGUUUCUGGCUCUGUGUAAUUAUGUUACUGCUCGAACAGUGGUUAUAAAAUCAGCUCCAGAUCCAAAUGAACCUUUAUUCGAGAAUGAAAACUUCAUCUUUUCAAAAGACAUAAAAGACAACAAAGCUCCUACAAUUUACACUGGAGAUGUAAUGCAAGCAAAAACAAAGGAGUCGUUAAACACGAGAACAAAGGACAAGGCACAUUAUGCCUAUGGAACAGCAAACGGAAUCGAAGUUGAAUCAGUUGGCAAAGUAAAAGAAACUGGUGAUGGUAAGAAAGCUUUUAUUGUGAGUGGAUCAUAUUCCUACACAGGUGCCGAUGGAAAGCGUUAUCGUGUCAGAUACACAGCUGAUGAAUUUGGAUAUCACCCAAAAACUGAAUUGGAACUCGAUUUCCCAGAUCCAGAUAGCAACAAUCGCCAAGCUCGUGGACAAGUAGAUAAGCCAAAAACUACUCCAUCUAAAGCUUAUUUACCACCUGUUCCAACAAAACCAAGUCUGAAAUAUUUGCCGAUCAAAGUUUAAUACAAUUUAACGGAUUUAAUGUGACACAAAACUUUCAGAAAGAAAAGCAAUAUUAUUAAGUUACUAGUCGCUUCCAUUCUAAAAAAUAGUAGCUAUCUCAACAUCUUAUUUGUUCAUCACGCUACUAAGCUAAAAAAUUGCUACUAAACCACUGAGACAAAAUAUUCCUGCUUUAGAAUGUAAGAGAUUUCGAUUGUAUUUUAAUAGAUGUAAGAAAAUUUU